CAUAUCCCUAACAUGUAAAACCCUCUUUAUUUUCAUCUUCCUCAUUCUCUCUCUAAACCUUUUCAGUCAUUUGUAGCUUCAAGUCAGAGUCAGAGAGAAAAUGGGUAGGAGGCCACUUGCUCAAAAGCUUCAAAGAAAGGCUACCACGUCUAAGCCUGACAUUGCGGACCCUUCUGGGGGAGUGGAAAAGCAACCUGAUAGCUCCAAUCCUUCAUCAGAGAAAGAAUUGCAAUUCGAGAAAACGAAUCCUCAAUUGGAGACGAUAGAACCACAGACGAAAUCUGCUGAUUUAUCUUCAGUAACAAAGGCAAAGAAACACAUUGCUGGUACUAAGCUUAGGAGAUCUGGACGUCUUUAUAGUGCAGGUACUCCUCAAGACAAGGAUAUUGAUCGUAUAAUUGAAGAGAUGACUCUGACUGAAAGUGAGAAGGAUGAGGAGCCAUUGAAUUUUGAGGGGGGGAAACUACCAGAGCCAACCUUGACAAAUAAGAGCUUAGAAGAAAAAGUUGAUUAUCUUUUACAACAAUUUGAAGAACAACAAAAGACCAUAGAAGAAUUAAAAUUGAAGGUUACAAUAGAUUCUUCCCCAACUGGAAGCCCUAGGGCAGCAGAUACCAGAUACAGAAACUUGUAUUUUGGUUCCCAAAAGAAGAUUGAAGCCCUGACAGAUGAAAAUCGCCAGCUUUCUCUCAAGUUGGAGCAUGCUCUUGGCAAACUUGAAGCAUACGAGAAUGGGGCCCGUGUAUUUUCUGAAGGACUUGAUAAACUGAAGGAUAUGAUCUUGGUCACAAAUCUGGCAAAAGCAACUGAAAGAGCAGUGAAUUUAUCUUCUCAAGCCUUUACUUCAGUGGAUGCUGGUGCUGAGGCAAAAACUGGUGCUAAAAGAAAGAGAGUCCUUGCUGGUAAAUAAAGAAGCAAAAUUGAGCUUAUACUUGAGAAACUUAGUUGUUCUGUAAGCAUUUUGAUUGGUAUGGAAGAUCUGUACAAGUUUAUGAUGCUACUCUAUCCUGUACAAGUUUAUGAUGCUACUCUAUCCUAAUGCUUUCUUGUUGAACUUGUCUGUAUGAUGCUACCUUGUCCGCACUUUGACUUGCGUUUAGAUAAUUGCUAAGUACUCAGAGGACGUGUGUUUUGAUGAUGCCAAAUAUUUUGAACGUAUAAAGCAUAUAACAAGUUCGUAGGCUCUAUGGUCUUCAA